ACCACGCCCUCUUCAAGCAGGAGGUCCGCUCGGCAUGCCGUGCAUUGCUUGCACGCUGCUCGCUGUAGGGUUAUAGUGUAGUAGUGUGAUCUUUUGGUAUCUGUGUGGAGCCGUGCAGUAGAGAAACCAUGCCCCUGAACCCUCGAUUGAGCCCUCGAUCGAGCCCUCGAUCGUCGGCAACAGUCGCCCUGGUCUGUAGCGUCGUACUCUUGUCUCUCCUGGAGCCAUCCACAGGGUUCCCCGUGUUCUCCAACAGCCGAGGAGCUCUGAAACGCGAUAAACGGACCGAGAGCUGUCAGGAACUGAAAAUCGCCCGGGAAUCAAAACUGGCAGAGGGAUCUCUACAACCGCCUUGGGACAGCGCCGAGCUGGAACAGUUCGUGUGGUUUACCACGCAACAUGGGGAGAGGGAGGAAGGCAAAGCUGAGGGAGGCGGGGAAAGGGAGAUGGAGAUGUGCAAGGUUGGGAGCUUGGAAGAUGAUGUGAUUAUUUUGAUGGACAGCGCCCAAUUGCCUGUGAGGGUUCGGUAUAUCUUAUUCCCUACGAUGUGGUCUAUAUCAGAUGGUCCAGUCACUGUGAGGGUUACUUGUGCCCACGAUCCUUCUCCUAGAUGCUUCACCCUUCUCUCAGAUGAGCACACAUCUUCCUCUGAGAUCAGACUCCGUCGAGCUGCUCAAGACACUCACCACUCCACCUCCCUCCCUGAUGGGGAAAAAGCCACCGCCACAACCAGUACCAGUGGUAACAAGAGAGGAGUGGUGUGGCUGUGUGUUAGUGCUGCUGGAUUGGUCGGACUGCUAGCUGCUCUUGCAAUGUGUGCUCACAGCUCACAGCAGUACGAGCCUGAAGUCUCAGACAACAGCGGUGACAACCUUACUCUGACCACAUACAGGACCACUGAUGAGAUUGCUGCCCCAAGUGAGUCCACUACUACUGCGGCCUCUAAGAGUGAAUCGAUGGUCAAUCUCCUAAACGAGGGGUCGGCCUCUUUUGACCAGCCAGGGAGCUCCGAAGGCAAAUCGGCCACCUCUUCGAUGGCCUCCGGCGAAGGAGCCAAACUCGCAGCUUCGCAGCAGUCCGGAUCCCAGGAGCCCCUAGUGCAGCCUGGGAAAGAGACCAGCAAAGACUCACACCUCCCAACGCUAGAAACUGCAGACAGACCCAGACGAGUAGAGGGUGCACAAGUGGGAGAAGAGGGAAGAGAAGAUGAGGACGGAGGUGGGUAUGCCUGUGUGAAGAAACCAAGCGGUAAAUAUGACUAUGUGGACAAGACGGCCAGCAAUGGCAAACAAAACGGCGAAGACGAGGCUGGGUAUGCGUAUGCCACAGUUCGUGGUGCCAGGGGGGAGGGUUCUGCCCCACCUGCUCAGCCUACUGGCAAUGUUGGUGGUGCUGGGGAAGUAGGUGGCAGAGGAGGCAGAGAAGACAAGGAGAAGGGCUCUGGGCUCCCUCCAUAUGGUAAGGUGACCAGACACAUGGUCCCUGUGGCUAAGAAAAGUGGGUACAGUGAGGUACGGACAUCUUCGCCCAUGCUGCCACCGGGGAGACCGCGAGCUGUGACCGAGCCUGUGGACCCUGAUAGCCACGAACGAGAGGGGAAGGGGAGGGGGGUGAGGGACGAACGAGCUUUCACAGAGUCGGCGGCCCACCUCCCACUGCCUCAGAUUCCCAAACUCGACGUAAGUGACGAGACGUACGACAGCAUUCCAGACGAGCUUCGCAAUGGUGCCUCCACGCCAGCAGACGGUGCAGGUGACAGAUCCUUAGGUAGUGCUGCAGAACCCAAUGGUUCUCCAGUCCGUGAGAGUCUAUACGAGUCGGUUGAAGUGGACGAUGCGGGAAAUGUUGAAGUCGACGAGGACAUGUACGAAAGUGUUCCUGAAGAUAUGAAACCAAACGUUGCCUCUGCGAGUUCCCCAGACACCCUGUCACCCAUCUCACCCCUCCCUCCUCCACCGAGGUCACCGAGCAUCAACCGCACAAAGACAGAGGGGGCGAUGACCACCACUCCUCCUGCAUCUCCACUGACGAAAGAGAGACCCGAGGAUGAGGUGAAGAAGAAGGGCAAGGAGCAUGUCGGGAAGGAGACCAAGAGUGAGCAGAAGAAACACAAAGCUCUGAGUAAAGCAAAGAGUGACACUGUAACCGAAUCACGCGGGCGCUCCCUGUCGAGUUUGUUCACAAGAAAAAAGCCUGGAAACAUUGCGGCUAGUAACACUCCUUCGUCUCCAAAGGCAAAAAAGCAGCACGAACCACUUCCGAAAGUCCCCACAGUAGGUGCGGUCCCAUCUCCGACACACCUUCCUCCGUCACCCCCGCCCAUGCCCGCCCCGCCCCCUCCAGACGAGGAGCAAGAAGAAGAAGACGAAUACCCCGAUGACAGUGCCUACGACAUGAUCGAAGUUCUUAACCCUCGGGGCGCCGCACUCCUCAAAAACGGCAAUGCUGCAAAGGCAAAGUCGGCAUCGCUUCCUUCGAGCAUGCGAACAGCUGGUCCCAGCAUGCUGCAUCAUGGUCACGGCCCUCUCCCAGACCUACCUGAAGAGCCGGCCGGAGGUCUUGUCGCCCGUCAGCGCGUCCACGAAGAUAUGGACCCUGAGUACGACACGGUCGUGUUGGGACAAUUUACGAACGACCCAAGCUACGAUUCGGUCCAGGUUGGGCACGGCGGAGAGGCCAUGCCAAAGUUAGAGCCGGCCGAACCUCCCAGUACACCGCCACCUCCAGCGGCAGCUGCGGGGGGAGAAGGAGCGGGAGGCCAGACUCCAGCCAACAAAUAUGCCAGAGUCUCUUCCCACGCCGCGGUGGACAGCACUUUCUCCCCACCCGACCUCUCCGCGUAUGCACCGGAGCACGAUGAACUCGGGUACGCCAUGAUCCCCGCUCACCUCAAGAUCAGAAAGAGAGCAAUGUCGGAUGCAGCGAUGAAAAAGGGCGAAGAAAGGAAAAAGUCUCGGCCAAAGAGUGUUGAAAUGGUGGAUGACUUACCUGUUUCCUCUGAUGUACCACUCGAUGCAGGAGAAGGAGAAGAUAUGCAACCUGUCCCCAGCCCACCGAUGGAACCAGAGUAUGAAUCGGUGACAGACGCAUUGAAGAAUGUUUCUGAGGAGGGGCCUGCUGCUGUUGGGAAAAAAGAGACUCCGUAUGCAUCUGUGGACAUGGCUGCAAAACGAAAGUCGCAAUUCCUGAAACAGCAGUCUGGUGCUGCAAAUGACGCCGAGGAAUCCCUCGUGCGCGAAGCUUCUCCGAAUCCUCCACCCCUCCCUCACCAGGGAGACCUCGGAGACCUCUCGGAGUUUCAGAGACCACCGGUGCCCCGCCAGGCAGAGGGUUCUCUUGAACUCAUCGACCCCAGCGGCAGCGACCUUCAGCCCCCGUCUAGCGGCAUCGUUAACCCAUACAGCCAGAUCGACUUGUUUGCCAACGACCCUCCCUACGCAUCUGUCAAGAAGAAAGAACAAGAGGAACAGACAGGUGAAGAGAGUAAAGCGGAAGUGGGAGAUGGAGAGGAGAAUCCAUACUCGAUUGUACUGGACAAUAGCUAUGGGAUAGUGUCAUCGCCUGACCAGAGUGACCCUCCAUAUGCUAAAGUCCAGAAAGGGAGAGUGGUUGGAGGUAAAGAGGAGAGAGAUGAAGAAAAUCCGGGACCAGGUUACGCAAAGGCUGGCUCCAAACGCUUAGCAGAGGACGGUAGCUUUGAGCCGGAAAAUGGCGCUCAUUUCUCAGACAACGGAGAUGGAGAUGAGGAUACGUAUGAUAGACUGGAUCACGGGUUGGGUUCAACGUCGUGUCGGGCCGCGUUAGCCACAAGUCCAGGACCUGACGGAGAUAGCGAGUACUCGACUGUGACUGUCGAUUUCUCGACUUCCCCCGAAUUAGUUGUAACGCAUACAGACAGUGUGAGACGCGAAGAAAACGGCGUCGUCCGACAAGUGGAAGAGACUACAAUCAGUUUCGCAGAAUAGUCUUUGUAUCAUACAGUAUAGCUUUCCUGCUGGCUUGAUUCGCACGUAUGUUUAAUGUUUCCUUUUUGUAUGUAAAACCGGCUAAAAAAUUCAUAAUAAUUAUUAGCUGUCUCUUUCCGUCUUUUUUCAUGUAUAUAGAAGAAUUUUUUGGGUGCUGUAUUGUUAUACCAACAGAGACUGUGCUGCAUGCAGCUUGCUCUAUUUUGUGCCAAAUGAUGGCCAAAAAUGGUUUAUCAUGCACAGAAUCACGAAAUAAU